UUAAACCAAGAAAGAAGUCGUGUCCGGCAGUGGACUCUAGUGAGGCAGCCAUGAGAAUGAUCCAACAGUUCAGUAGCUGCGGAUAAAACCAGCACCUAUCGCUAAACCUCCGCCGGGACAUUCACCUCAUCGCCGCCGAGCUACUGAAAUGGCCCUUCGCCUCCCGCUUUCUGCAUUCGAAGCCCCGCCCUUCAUUCUUAAUCCUAUCCCUUUCAGAUCUCUCUCCUCUCUCUUUGGAACUUCCAUCAUCGCUUUCUCGCAGCCGCAACGCAUCCGCCGCCGAAAACUAUCAUUCAUACUCAGCGCUGUCGGAAAGGAAGAGACUGAGCUGGGCGUUCCCGGCGUUGAGGUGAAUGUUGAGAUUGAGGAGGAGAAGACAGGCCUUAGUGCAUCGAGCAAGUUGGAGGAGGACGCCAGCCCUGAGGAAUUGGAGAACAUCGGAAAAAUUAAGAGGGUUUUGGAGCUUCUGAAGAAGAAUAGAGAUAUGCUCUUCGGUGAGGUUAAAUUGACAAUAAUGAUUGAGGAUCCUAGAGAUAUAGAACGGAAGAGAUUGCUUGGUAUUGCAGACCUUGAUGAGGUUACUAGGGAUGACUUGGCUUCUGCUUUGGAAGAUAUCAAUGAAGGAAGAAUUCCAAAGAAUCGUGUUGCAUUGAGAUUACUUGCCGAGGAGAUGAUUAAUUGGCCUGAUCUUGAGGUUGAAGCACCAAAGAAAAAGCGCACUAAAUCUCUGUAUGCUAGAGCGACAGACACUGGAGUUGAUCCCCGUGAAGCUGCUAAGAGACUCAACAUUGACUGGGACUCAGCUGCUGACAUUGAAGCUGAGGAUGAAGAUGAAGAUAUAGAAGUACCCCCUGCUGUGGGUUAUGGUGCUUUGUACUUGGUGACGGCUUUGCCUCUCAUAAUUGGUGUUUCUGUCGUACUUGUUCUGUUCUAUAACUCUCUCCAAUAAAAACAUUCAGAUUUUCAACCUCUACUGUUGAGAAAGAAUGAGGAAAAGCAGAAAGGGGACGUAAGUAAGUGACAAAAGCAUCUUGGAUUAAGGUAAACCAUAUCUCACAAUCAAUCUCUCUUUUACUACAUGCUUCUUCUUUCCUUACUAUUCUGUUUGAGGGAAAAGUGAUUUAGGAGUGAGGAGUGGGACCCCAAGGCUUCCCAUUAUGGGAGCAGCUUCUGGGAUUUCAAGGCAGGAAAACAUAGGAGCUAUUCUUUCCAGAAAGCAAUGCCAUUCUUCUGGGUAAACUUGGCAGAGUUCCCUGAGCUCUCCUCACUUUACCUCUCAAGAUUAUCUCCCUCAAAAGUCGAUGAUAUUUACUACUGAUGAGUUUUUUUAAUGUAUCACUUUUUAGGCUUCUUUAGUUGCAUAUAGCUUGCAAGCAUACACUUCAAUUGCUUCUUAUCGGUUGUUGAUAUGCCAAGGAUAAUUGCGUAUAUUUGAGUGUUU